AUGGCUGAACAAGAACAAGAGAGCGCCCGAGUUAGAGCUGAACUAGACGAAAUCAAAGGAGGCAUGUCCCAAAUGCGAGAAAUGCUGCAAGCUUUAACCUUCAGGUUCGAGAUUCCACAAGCGACCGUGAUUUCAGAGACCACGGGCCCAGCAGUGGAAGUCCCACCUCAGAGGACGUUACCCUCAACCCUUCCUCCAUAUGGGCUACCUUAUGACUUCGUCCCCCGAGCGGAGGUGGUGUACGAAAUGGGGCAAUCUGUCCAACAAGUCGUGCCAUUACCGGUUUACACCGAAGCACGUCCAGUCAUCCAUACUGUGGUUCCACCAGCUGCCUAUGCUAGGCAUAUUCCUCAUUAUGAAGAUCAAAACCACAUGUAUCAGACUGUCGACUCAACCGUUGCUGGUGACGAAGUAAGGUUUGAGGAUUUCAGAGAAGUAAAGGAGAACAUGCAGCUCCUUGAGAAGAAAUUCCGAGAUCUAGAAGGAGACCACGUCUUUGGAUCAACUGCCAAAGAAAUGUGCCUUGUAUCCAGUUUGGUGAUUCCGGCCAAAUUCAAAACUCCAGACUUCGACAAAUACAAGGGGCAUACUUGUCCAAAGAGCCAUCUCAUCAUGUAUUAUCGCAAAAUGGCUGCACACGUGGAGGACGACAAGCUGAUGAUCCACUGCUUUCAAGACAGCUUGAGUGGGGCUCCUUCCAAAUGGUAUUUAAGUCUGGAUCAGAACAGGAUCAGGUGUUUCCAAGACCUGUCAGACGCAUUCAUAAAACAUUACAAGUAUAAUAUGGACAUGGCGCCUGACAGAAGACAGUUGCAGAGCAUGUUUCAGCAUGAUAAGGAGUCCUUCAAGGAGUAUGCUCAAAGAUGGAGGGAACUGGCUUCUCAGGUUGAACCCCCUUUGGCUGAGAAAGAAUUGGCCGAACUGUUUAUCGACACUGUCCAGCCUCAAUUCUAUGAGAAAAUGGUUGGAAGCGCUUCCCUGGGAUUCUCGGAGCUUGUGGCUAUAGGAGCUCGCGUUGAAUAUGGUGUAAGGAAUGGCAAACUGGCGGCUAUAGCUGGAACUUCAAAUGCUAAUCCAAAGAAGUUCUCUGGAGGGUUUCCUAGAAAGAAGGAAGGGGAAACAAAUGUCGUGACUGCUGGUCAAGGAAGAGCUCCUCCAAGAAGGAGGCCACAACAAUAUCCACCUCAACAAUAUAUUCAACAACCAAUUCCCUAUCAACCACCCAUGUAUCCCGUCCAGUAUGCUCCGCAACCAUACGUAGCUGCUGUGACGCCUGCGUUCAAUCAACAGCCUGCUCAGGCUUAUCAAGCACCUCCGGUUUAUCGACCAGUUCCAGUUCAACAACGUGCUGCGGCUCCUCCAGCUUAUCAACAAGCACCAGUAGCUCCUGUUUAUCAACAACCGAGAGCUCAAGCGCCGAGGCAAAAUGCUCAAAACCAAAAUAGGAGACAAGGGGAGAGGGCGACCUUCAAUCCAAUCCCAAUGUCGUACACUGAGCUUUAUCCCUCCUUGUUGCAAAAGGGUUUGGUGGUUCCCAGACCUAUGGGACCUCCACCUGAUCGUCUGCCUCCAUGGUACAACCCUAAUGCACACUGUCCUUUUCAUGAAGGUGCCCCCGGGCAUGACCUAGAGGGUUGUUACGCUCUAAAGCAUAGGGUUCGGGAAUUGAUUGAGAGCAAGAUCUUGUCUUUUAAGGACAUGGGGCCGAAUGUGAAGAACAAUCCUCUUCCUCCCCAUGGAGAUCCCGCGGUAAAUGCCAUUGAAGAUGCCUCUGCUGGUGUUACGGUUGAUAAGGUGGAUGAUGUGAAGACUCCUUUGGUGGCAUUCCAUGCCCAAUUGGUGGAAGCUGGCCUGAUUAAUGUAAAUCAUGAAAAUUGUGAAGAGUGUGCCACACAUCCAAAAGGGUGUCAGAUGGUGCGAGACAAUAUUCAAAACUUGAUGGAUGAAGGAGUGCUUCAAAUAUCCAGUGCUGUGAAGAACGAGGAUGUGUUGGUGAUUGAACCUUAUUUCAAUUUACCUGAACCAGUUGAAAUCCCAUAUUAUAGUGGUGGAGUAAUCUCGGUGAACAGUAAGUCGUUGCCUGUCGAGAUAUGUAUGCCCACGCCUUUUCCAUACGAGAGCACCAAGGUUGUACCUUGGAAAUAUGAGAUUACCGUUAUAGACAAGGUAGUUGAUGGAAGUUCAGACGCUGAAGUGACAGAAGCUGUAAAUGAAGACGUCACCAAUAUUGCAGGAAUGAGCAGAAUGACCCGUAGUGGUCGAAUCUAUACGCCCGAAUUCAACGUGACUCCUCAAGGGCCGACCAAGGAAUCAACAGUUGUAGCUUCCACUAAAGAACCCGAAGUGUUUCAAUCCGAAGAUGCUGUUGAAUUCUUGAAGUUGAUCAAGAAAAGUGACUACAAGGUUGUGGACCAGUUGCAUCAGACACCAUCUAAAAUCUCUAUUCUAUCUCUGUUAUUGAACUCCCAAGCCCAUAGGGAAGCUUUGUUGAAGGUGCUUGCUCAAGCUCAUGUAACACAAAGCAUAACAGUUGACCAAUUCGAUGGAGUAGUUGCAAACAUCACAGCUUGUAAUACUUUGAGCUUCAGUGGAGAGGAAUUACCUGAGGAUGGACAAAAUCACAACCGUGCUCUCCAUAUCUCGGUGAAAUGCAAAGAUGAUGCUUUGGAGAACAGUGAUUGGAGAGGGGCAGUUACCUCCACCCUACAUCAGAAAAUGAAGUUUGUAGUGGACAAUCAAUUAAUCAUCAUUUCUGGAGAAGAGGACUUUGUGGUCAGUCACCUUUCAUCCUUCAGAUAUAUCGAGGCUAAUGAGGACGCUUUGGAAACUUCUUUCCAAGCUCUUGAAAUAGCCAAUGCCACUUUUGUGGAGAUGAAGGACCCUGUUGGGAAAGCUUGUUCAUCUUUCGCUUCUCUGAAAAGCGCGAAGUCUAGCAUUGAAGGAGGAAACCCUGAAGGUUGGGGUCAACUUAUUGAUAUUCGUGAGAAGCAUGAUCGCUUUGGUCUGGGAUAUAUGCCUUUCGCUGUGAAAGGAGCCCGAGUCCCUACAAAGGACAACACCCAAAGCAUCCAGGAAGUAUUCCUCAGCACAGGAUUCAUCCAUGGAGAUCAAGUCAAUGCAAUUGAAGAUAGCACCGCAAAUGAAGAUGAGCCAUGUUUGGUUUACCGAUGGAUGACAUCUGAGGUCUUCAAGUUGAAGGGACUCUCUGAACAAUUCAGAAAUGACUAUAUCAUAAGUGAUGGGGAGAGACUAGGGGCAUGUAUGGCAAAGGAAGCUGAAGAGAAAUCACACCAAGAAGCUGAAGAAAAGGCAAGUCUGGAAGCUGAAGAGCAGGCCAGAAAGGAAGUCGAAGAAAAAGCUAUUGCUGAAGCUGAAGCUAAACCUAAGGUUGAUGUUGAAGAAGCAACACACAUUGCUGCAUAA